UAGUAUGUGCCCUCAUACCUGGUUUAUAGGAUGCUGGGAAGGGAGGCAGGAGGUUGGUACAUGCUUGCCAUAUACUCUGUCACUGAGCUCCAUCUUUAGUCCCCACUUGGAACUUACCAAGUAGCCUAGGGUGUCUUUGAAGUUACUGAUGUUCUGCCUUAGUCUCUGCUCUGAGGCUAUAGGACACUGAGGCUAUUGCCCACUCAGGGACAGAGACUUGUCCCCAGCCCCGCUGGGAGGUAGAACUGUGGGAGACAUAAUGUGAAGAAGAAAAAACUAAGCUGCGUGUGGCUGUACAAUACACAUGAGAUCCAUGACUAUUCCAGAUUCUUAGGAGGCCAAGGCAGGAGGAUCACCAGUUUCAGGCCAGCCUGCAUUAUGCAUUGAGAACCUCUCUCAGACAACAGAACACUACCACCACAGAAGCCAUACUGGAUAACAAACAAUGCACCCGCCGGAUGCAAGUGGGUUGAGAAAACCAUCUAUCCAUCCCCUACUGCCCAAGUACAAGGAUGGCAGAUUAAAGUGUCUCUUUCUUAAGUGAAAACUGGAGGUAAUGAAUGAGGUUGGGAUGGAAGGAAUCCAAGUGGAUGGGACAGCUCAGGGUGGGAGCCAGGGACUAUGUUCAUUUGUUCAUUCCUUCCCUGCGUGUGCCAGACAUCAAGUGGAUGGGACAGCUCAGGGUGGGAGCCAGGGACUACGUUCAUUUGUUCAUUCCUUCCCUGCCUGUGCCAGACUACCUGCAGCUGGCGUUCUAGUGGGUAAUUAGACAAUAAAGGAAAUAAAGUAAAUAAAACCCAGAGGUGGCACCAAAGCAGCUGGAGUAGGGCCCUCCUGGGGAGUGUCCACAGGGUGUGGCUGCCAUGUUCAUUAGGACCAUUGGGCAGUUAAAUUUGCAGUAGUUUGCGUGUGAAGUUUAGGUCAAAAUUGGUGAGUUCAUUUUUGACUCUGGAAAUUGAUUGUUUCAAGUUGAUGUUAUUUUCUUAGUCCUCAGGAUUAAACCCAGAGCCUACCGAUUACUUAGGCAAGUGCUCUACCGUUCGACUAUUCCCCAGUUUCUGACCUGCUUUGGGUGAUUUUUAUUCCAAGAUAGGGGGUCCUUUAAUUGCCUAGGUUGGCAUUAUUUUGUGAUCCUCUUCCUUAGCCUGUAGAGUAGCUGGGAGUACAGAUCCAGGUGUCUAAACCCAUCAGACUCUGCUGCUGGGAAAAAGCCCGGAAGAGCCGUAUUUCUUGGUUACUUUUUAUUAAGGUACUUACGGUCCCGGCUCGCAGGUGCCACGCCCCCUGCCUUUAUGUGCGCGUGCGCAAGAGUCAGCGCUCGUCCCUCAGACUGCGUGCGGCCGGUUGCUGGAGCAGUGCGGCUAGCGGUUGGAUGGCGCGGGGCGGAGUGGGGCGGGCAGCGGCCCUGUGCCUGGCGCUGCUACUGCUGGGUCUUGGACUAGGCCUAGAGGCCGCCCCGGCCCCGGCCCCGGCCCCGGCCCCGACCCAAGUCCGUGUCUCGGGCUCCAGAGCUGACUCGUGCCCGACAGACAGCUUCCAGUGUAUUACAAGUGGCUACUGUGUGCCCCUCUCCUGGCGCUGCGAUGGGGACCCAGACUGCUCUGAUGGCAGUGAUGAGGAGGAGUGUAGGAUUGAGCCAUGUGCUCAGAAAGGGCAGUGCCAACCACUGGCUACCCGUCCUUGCUCCUGUGAUGACAUCAGUGGUUGCGCUGCUGACUCUGACAAGAAUCUUCUCAACUGCACCCUCCAGUCCUGUCAGGAGGGCAAGCUGCGUUGCAUUCUGGGUGAUGUCUGUAUCCCACACACAUGGCGCUGUGAUGGCCACCCAGACUGUCCUGACUCCAGUGAUGAGCUCAGCUGUGACACCAACACAGAAACUGACAAGAUCUCCCUCGAGGAUAACACCACAGCUACAAGGACUCCUAUGACCCUGGAGAAUGAGACCUCUCUCAGGAAUGCAACAGUUGCCUCUGCUGGGGACCCUUCCCGAAACCCAAAUGCCUAUGGGGUUAUUGCAGCUGCUGGGGUAUUGAGUGCCGUCCUGGUUUCUGCCACCCUCCUCAUAUUGUUACGACUCCGAGGUCAGGGUUGCCUGUCCCCGCCAGGGCUGUUGGUGGCUGUGAAGGAGUCUCUGCUGCUGUCAGAAAGGAAAACCUCACUGAUCUGAGGACACGUGGUCACCACCUGGCCCUGAGUACAGUCAGACUGGGGAAAGCCACAGUGGGACACGCAGACAGCUGCUGGCUUCUCGAGACCCGGGCUCUUGGCCACAGAGAACUUUGGUUUUAAGCUCCUACACACAUGGUUCUAGAGACUUGGGGUCCUCAGAUAUUCCACUUGUAUGUGGGGCGCUUGGAUGGAGAAUUGCCAUAGCCAGGACUGAGGGCCGGCCCCAGGAUGCUCCCAAGAAGUGGGGCCACCCUGGCUUAGACACUCCUGCUGCUCACGUUGAUGGGUGGUGAUUAAAGUUUCUUUACCUCCUCUA